AUGAACAGAUUGAUAGAUCUGUUUAAACGAUUAAGUUUGCUUAAGAAAGAAAAAGUUGCUAAUUAAAAUCAAAUAUAUCUUUUUCAUUUGAAACACUAUCUAUCUAGCGCCAAAUUAUUUAAAUUAUUAAUUCAAUAAUAAAUUAGUGAAUAUUGUGAAAAUAUGUCUAUGUUUAACGUAGCUUAAGACUACAUAGAUUUUACAAGCGAAUAAGCUUAUGGACUCAAAGAUUCAAAUUAAAAUUAAAAAAGUCAUAAAUUUUUCAAAGUUUUGUAGAAGCUUACUGUAGGUGAAAAAAGAAAUGAUUAUAUUUUAGAGAGGGUUAAGGGUUAAUUAGUAUAAUGCCCUAUUGAACAAAAUAAUAUUUUGAGAAGAGGAAUUAAGUACAAUAAUUAUUCUGAACUUAAUUUUGAAUAUAUUGCUUAAAAUUACAAAUUAUAGAAGAAGUACAGACUAGCUAUGCGCUAUUUGGAUAUAGGUCUCUCUGUAUAUCCAAAAUCACACUAAUUAAUACUCGAAAAAGGUAGUCUUUUAAUAGAAAUGAAAUAAUAUAAUGAAGCUAUAAAAGCUCUUUAAUACGGACUUCAGAUGAUUGAGAAAAAUCAAGAGCUAUCUGAUAGGAUAGUAGAAUAGAAAUUUGUGGGUCUUUAUAAUUUGGGUAUAGCAUAUGAGGAAGAUGAUUGCUUAGAGAUAGCCCUAACUUAUUAUGAGUAAUGCUAAUAAAUUGAUGAUUAAGACUAUGAUGUUCUUUAUUCUAUGAUAGGUAUCUAUUCUGAUUUAGAAUAGCAUUAAUCAGCGCUGAAUAUCCUUUAUUCAAUCAUUGAACUCAAUCCUGUUGAAAUAAAAGCCUUUAUAGAGAUUUCAAGAAUAUUUGUCUAGAUGCAAGAUAACGAAAGUAUGCAAAGAUAAAUGAAUAACUUAAUUGAAAUAAAUGAAGGUAAUGAUGAAGAGUUAGCCUAAGUUUAUAUUCAAUGGUCAGAGCUACUUUUGAGUUUAGAUAUGGCCAAAGAAGCUUUAGAUAAAACUUACCUAGCUUAAAAAGUUUAUAAUAAAGAUCAAAAAAUUUUAAUUACUCAGGCUAAAGUACUUUCAUACCUAGGUAGACAUGAAGAAGCUUUAAACACUCUUUAAGUGUAUUAUGAAAGAAAUCCUUCAGACCAUAAUGUCCUUUGCUUAAUUGCAAACGAAUAUUUAUAAAUAGGUUGCAAAGAAAGAGCUUUACAAUUGUUUUAGUCUGCUAUAAACAUUUCAAAUUAAUAAGAACCUCAAUACUAUUAUAUGUUAGGAAGAGCUCAUUACUAUUGUAAUGAAUAUGAAAAAGCAAUAGAAAAUCUCAAUAUAAACUAAGAAAAAUCUAAUUAAUAUAUGCUAUAAUGUUAAAUUUUGCUUGCUCAUUCCUACUCACAUCUUAAAUAGAAUGCAAAAGCAAUAGAGUUGUAUGAAUAAUCCAUUUAGCUUAUAAGUAGAAAAAAUAUAAACAGAUUAAAAAAACUAAUAACCCUUCAUGAAUUUAAUUAAUAUUUAAAGUAUAACUAGGAUAAAUAUAAUUUAAAGUCGCAUGAAGAAAUCCAACAUUAUCUCCAAAUAAGACUUAUAAAUUUAAAAAAUAUUGCAGAACGCUUUUGA